CUGGGCGAACGAACCAGUGCAGAUCUGUCUAGCUGACUCGGAAGGAGGCGAGGAAGGAUUCACUUGCAACCAAACACGAACAGGAUGGAGAACGGACACUCGCAGGCAUUUCACCGGGCGCCCGCCAGCGUGUCGCCGCCGACGGGCUUUGCACAGGGCCAGGGCAGCUUCUCGGGCAUGAUGGCUGCCGGGCAAACGCAUGCGCGACAGGGCUCCAUGAGCCUCUCGCCACAAUCUCCGCCGGGCAGCAGCACAGCGGCCGCUGUGAAUGGCGUCCUCAGCGCCCGCUCGCGUGCCGUCUCGAUCCCCGGCCACAGCGCAGCGCAGGUGCCCAAGAUGCUGACGCCGUUUGACAUGGGCGACAUCCGGAUCCUGCUCCUGGAAAACGUCAGCCAGGGCGCCGUCGACAUGCUCCGCCAGCAGGGCUACCAGGUCGACUUCCACAAGGGUGCCUGGAGCGAGGAGGAGCUGUGCGAAAAGAUUCACAACUACCACGCGAUUGGCAUCCGCAGCAAGACGAAGCUGACGGCCAAGGUGUUCCGCAAGGCGCCCAAGCUCCUCGUCGUCGGCUGCUUCUGCAUCGGCACCAACCAGGUCGACCUCACGGCAGCAGCAAAAGCCGGUGUUGCCGUCUUCAACUCGCCGUUUGCCAACUCGCGCUCCGUGGCUGAGCUCGUCAUUGGCGAGAUGAUUGCCCUCUCGCGCCAGCUCGUCGACCGGGCCGCCGAGAUGCGCACGGGCGAGUGGAACAAGGUGUCCAAGGGCUGCUACGAGGUCCGCGGCAAGGUGCUUGGCAUUGUCGGCUACGGCCACAUUGGCUCCCAACUCUCCGUCCUCGCCGAGGCCAUGGGCAUGAGCGUCAUCUACCACGAUGUCCUGCCCCUCAUGCCCCUCGGCUCGGCCCGCCAGACCGAGUCGCUCAACGAGCUGCUGGCCCAUGCCGACUUUGUCACGCUCCACGUGCCCGAGCUGCCCGAGACCAAGAACAUGAUGGGCGCGGCGCAGCUGGCCCAGAUGAAGAAGGGCGCCUACCUGCUCAACAAUGCCCGCGGCACCGUCGUCGACAUCCCAGCGCUCAUCGACAGCCUCCAGUCAGGCCACCUUGCUGGCGCCGCCGUCGAUGUGUACCCGCGUGAACCCAAGGCCAAUGCCAAAGACAGCUUCGUCGACGGACUCAACGGCUGGGAGAGCCGGCUGCGCGCGUGCCCCAACGUCAUCCUCACCCCGCACAUUGGCGGCAGCACCGAGGAGGCGCAGCGCAUGAUUGGCAUCGAGGUCGCCAACGCCCUCAUCCGCUACAUCAACUACGGCGGCAGCGUCGGCAGCGUCAACUUCCCCGAGGUGGACCUCCGUGUGAUUACCGAGGCCGACUCGCGCGUCGUCCGCAUCUGCUACGUCCACCAGAACCAGCCCGGCUCGCUGCGGGCGAUCAACGACAUUCUCGGCUCCCACAACGUCGACAAGCAGCACACCGACUCGUUCAAGGACGUCGCCUACCUCAUGGCCGACAUCAGCGGCGUCGACGACGACGACGUGCGGGAUCUGUACGACAAGAUUACAAAGACGGAUGCCAACAUCCUCACCCGGCUCCUGUCCUGAUGUCUAGCAACUAGACGGCAUAGACAAGAAGCAGAAAUACACUGGCAGACACUGAGACUGAG